AAAAAGUCAAGAAGCUGUUUAGCUCAGACGGUCAAGUUAACGACUAGUCAAUGUUUGCAACCAUGUUCUGGAAGUGGAGUUCGAACGAUAUGUGGAUCUGCGCUUCAACAAAAUUCGAAAGUUAGUAUGUAAGUAUCUUCAUAUUCAUUAUUCUGUACUUAAAAGGUAAGAAGAGUUUUACAAUUCCCCUAUUUUCAGUUAUCCCAGUGCAUGUGAUCUCAGGGAUUCCGCGUUUAGCCAACCAAUCUUGUUCCCAGGGUUCUCUCCUACCCGCCCUCUCUCGCUCUGUAGGGCGGGUUGGAGAGAACCCUGAGAACGAGGUUGUUAGCCAACAGGUUUUGGGAAAGCACAUUUAUCUGUCUCUUCUGCGUGUGUUUGAGUAGCUUGCAUGGCAGGCGUUGAAAGGGGAACGGGAAGGGGGAAUUUGGGCGCAAGAGAGUGCAUAGGGCCCUUUCCUUUCUCCCCCGCGCGCCCAAAUUGCCGCCUUCCCCUUCCCCUUUUAACGCCUGCCACGCAGGCUAGUGUUUGAGCCAAUGUGAUUAUUAUUUAGCUGCCUGUGGCAUCCCAAUAAUUAUUAUAAAUUGACCUUUUUCCAGUAAAGAAAAAGGCAGUGGAAACAUCCAGAAGGCAUCGUCUUAUCCCUCCUAUGGGUCAUUUGACUUUUGACAGGAAGGGAUAGGUCAUUUUCCAGAUGAAACAUUUGACAGACUUGAAAUGAAAACCACAUUCAUGUGGAGUUAUUUCUCUGAUAAUUACACCUGUCUUCUCAUUGGCUAAGAGCCUGCAGUUAAUUUUUUAAAAACAGUGCAACCUACAGGUUAGUUAUCUGCUAGCUGUCAACUGACUAAUCUGUAGGUUGUAUGCACAAUGCAUGAUUUCCAAGAGCCAUGUCAAACAAUGUUCUACAUGGCUGUUUCUUUGAUGUUAUUGAACUUCAAAACAAUGUAUAGUAAAAUGCAAUGUGACAAUCCACAGACGGGGAAUUCAUCAUUGGCUGGUUUUCAACAAGUGUUUGAAGGAAACACUGCUUGAAAGCACAAAGAAUGGUUGUCAAAGAGUCUACAAAAUACUGAGAGAACCUACGAAAUUUUCUUCUCAGUUCUAUGAGUCCUUGCUCAAGGCCACCUCUUGCUUGUCUUCCACCUACUGGACUCUUGUCUAUCUGACAAGUAAGCUUUCAAACUGACUUGCCCAGUAUGAAAAUUUAUUAUUUUGUGGACUACUGUACAGCACUUUGUUUGAGCCCUGUUAUAGUUGUUAAGGUUCUCAAGAUGACAACUGCAAAGCAAAGCAUUUGUCAUUGCCUUAUUUCAAACUGAGAGGGACUAGGUAUGAGUCUGUGUAUUAUGGGAUACCUAAAGGUCUGAUUUUCAGAGGGGGGGGUCUGAGUUCUAAGUUUUCAAGGUCUGAGUUUUUCUGACAUUCCCAUCUUAUGUGGUCAUCUUACAUUGUGUUUUUUACCAUAACUGAGCAAUUUCUUGCACACUGAUUGGUCAAGAGCUAUGGUCGAUAACAUUCAUUUUCAUGGUCAAGUACAGACCAUGAAAAUGAAGUGAAGGUUGUGGGCAAUUUUAUUUUUCUUUCUCCCACGUAGGAUUAUCCAAGAAACUUGAACGGCAAUGGACAUCAAAAUUGCCAAUAUUAUUGUAAAAAACAAAUCAACACCAAUUUUCCAUGGUUUGUUCUUUUAUCGACCAUAAAAAUGACGUCAAAAUGUUCAAAAUUUGCAGUGUAAACACUUGGCAACGGCUCGUGGUUCCACUUGAAUUUGCACAUUUUGACAUGAUUUCCAUGUUCGAUGAGAGUACAGACCAUGGGAAAAUGUUGGUGAUUUGUUAAAUCUCCUACUGUUAUUUUUAGUGUCCAAGCUGUGACUAAAAGCUUCUCCUCACAAACGUCAAGAAAUUUUCAAAAAAGGUUCCCACCUAUCCUGGCUUGUAACUCCAUAGCAGUCACGGUCAUAGACAACCUAAUUUCACCAGGUGAACUGGAGGAGGGUUCUGAAAGUGAAGAUGAAGCUACGAGUGGGAGAAAACGUAUAAGGUCGCGACACCUGUGGGAUGAUGAUCCGUAG